AUGCUUUCACUCGCAAGUUCGCAGACAAAGCUGAGCGGUGCAAAUACUGGCUCACAAAAUCAUGCAGUUAUUGGUACAAAUACACAAGCAACCUACCAUGUCUAUCCACAAAGACGCCCGAUUGCGUUUAGUCGAAACGACAAGACUCUUCUCAUGCAGAUGAAACAAGCCGUUCACGAUAAUUUGAAUCCAUUUCUGGGAAUCUGUUUCAACGAGAAAGAGGAACUGCUCGUUUUUUGGAAAUUUUGUGCGAGGUAUCAGUAA